GAAUUUUGCCGGCACGAGUGAGAAACAGCUUCCCAUAAACACAGCUCAGUCUCAGAAGAUUUACAAUGACCCAACAAAUGGAGGAUUUGGGAGAAAUCCGAGUGUGAAAACUGUGGAUGGUUCUGUCAGCGAGCCGUGCAGAGUUUAAAGCAGCAGUGUUGGAUCCAGGUGAAGGUGAUGGCUCCCUCUCUGCUGCUCUCACUGAACCUGAGCAGGAAGCACAGCCUUCUCCCUCUCCUCUCCUACUGAUGAAGCCCAUGAUGGAGCUGCGACACAGGGCAGAGGUUUAUGGUCAAAUCUCACACUCACCACUGUGUCUGCUGCAGGAGAACCAGAGUGGCACUCACCUGUUGUUCCAGAUGGAGAGGAGGUGUCGUUUAAUCCUUCAAUCCUCAGCCUGUCUUCCACACUUACUAACCAUCAUUAUCACUUUCUUCUUGUUCUUUCAGGCCAAAGAGCUGCAGACUCUUCACAACCUCCGCAAACUCUUCGUUCUGGACCUCACCACACGGGUUAAGAAGAGUGCAGAGAUGGACUGUGAGGAAGGGCUUGGCAACAUCGCCCAGAAACAGAAGAUCUCAUUCCUGGAGAAUAACUUGGAGCAGCUCACAAAAGUCCACAAGCAGCCAGUGAUGGAAGAAGUCAAAAUAGCAAUACAGUAAAAUAAAAAUACACCUACUUCAAUGAAAGCAUUCUCUGCAUAAUUUACUAUAAGCAUCAAAAGUUUCAAUGGAAAUACUCAGGUAGGUACCUCAAAAUUGUUCUUAAGUACAAUUUGUUAAAUUGUUCUUAUUUUUACCCUCUCAAAGUCACCUUAUCUGAGAAGCCAUGUCUGGGCAUUAACAUCCUGACAAGUUUUAUUCCUAGCUUCACCAAACUUUGUAAGAUCGCUGUGUUGUCUCUCUGCCCUGUGUGCCUGUCACUUGCAGUGUGGCUGCUUUCUUUGCAGGUACUGGAGGUGAGCAUGGUCAUGAGAACCUGAGCUCAUCAGCGCCCUCUGGUGGACACAGACCCUGUAUGUCAGUGCUCCUUCUGAAACCCUCUCAGAGCUGAGUUCAGACUCUCCCUCUUCUCCCUGAGACACACCCACUGGCUUUGGUUUGUGUUUCUCCUUCAGCAGUAGCUUGACUCAGUGGCUUGAAGAGUUUCUGUGAUUUCAAACCCCGCCCCCUGAACUCUGCACUGCCCAACUUGGUACAACCCAAGUCCCCUCUCCCUCCUCU